UAUGAAGUUUUUCAGGUUACUUGAGAAUUCUGACUAUUAUGCAUUUGGAACCAGGCCAUUCCAAGGCCUAGAGAUGAGGUCUUCCCAUGACGUGGACUACCAGUGAAAAAGGAAUGAGUUCUUGGAGUAUUGUAUCAAAAAUGAUCUUGGCACGGAGUGCAUUCCUCCCCUCUCUCGUGUACAACAUGGCUAUGGUAAAGGUUGGAGGCCGGCGUUGGUAUGAUCGUAUUGAUGAAACCAUCAUUAUUGGAGCACUUCCUUUCAAGAGUCACGUAACAAAGCUGGUGGAGGAAGAAAAUGUGAAAGGUGUCGUAUCUCUGAAUGAAAGUUAUGAACUGAUAAUUGCUGCCAAGAGAGAAACCUGGGAAGCAAACGACGUACGUUUCCUCCAUCUACCAACGGUGGAUCUGAUGAAGGCUCCAUCCCUUGAAAAUCUAGUGGAAGGUGUCUCCUUCAUCGAAGAUGUUGCUGCAUCUGGAGGAACAUCGUAUGUGCAUUGUAAGGCUGGUCGAAGCAGAAGUGCCACCCUUGUAUCCUGCUACAUCAUGAAGAAAAAUGGGCUUUCACCUGAAGAAGCUGUCGAAGUCAUCAGAGCGAAACGACCACAUGUUAGGAUAUGGCCUAGUCAACUUGAUGCUAUGAGCAAGUUCCAUGAAAGUCUUCAGGUGAUAGAAGAAAGCACAAGUCGGAAGGAGCCCAAGAAGGCUCAC